AUGCCUUUCCGCAAGGACGAUAAAGUUUUCUCUGUUGGUUAUGACGAUAGUCAAAAGAAAUUGGAAGGUUCCGGUAGGAUAAUCUUUAAUUACAUGGGAAAUGUUCUUACACUCUACCUACACUAUUAUGAGGGUGCUCCUACUAUCUUUUCAGAAGACGAUAUCAACCGUUGCCCUGAAUGCCGAAUUCAGACCUACUUUCACGAUUUUGGUACCAAAUCUCAGACUUAUUCAAAGGUUCUCAAUGUUGGAGAUGAAUGUAUUCAGUUAGUUCAAGUUAACAAGCUAUGGUAUAUACCAGGUGAUUUUAAUCAGUUUAUGAUUGGUGGAGGACAAUUGCAUAUAAACAACUUACAUCUUAAAUUGGCUCAUGCUAACCCUAGGCUAAUCAAAAAAGUCUAUUAA